GAUCGGGAUCUGCACCUAGCGUUGGCACUAAAGAGGCAGCAUCAAUGUGCUCGUCUUGCAAACAAACUGUAAUAGGGCAGAGUUUUGGGCAGGGUUUGGGGGGCGGGGAGGGCUAAACUCCCUGGAAUCCCCGUGCAGCGUUUUGGAAAGCGAGGUUAAAGCAGAUGAUGAGCAAGAAGAGUCUGACAGCGUGCGUUUCUCACGGGCUGCUGUGGAGGAGAGCUCUGCACCGCCAAGUCUAGCAAGCAGCUAGCGCGGAGGAGGCGGCGGCGGGGGCUGUGCGCAAGGCUGCUCAGCACGGGCAAUUAUUGCUCCAGCUGUUUGGACAAAGACACAAAAUCCUAAGGGUGUCGGAUUUGGCAGCCCAGGAGCGGCGGCUGCGUUGCCUGCCCGGAGCCGGGCUCGUGCGGACUGAGCUGGCGGACUCGGAGUGACUGUGGGAUUCCCUCCCGCCCGCGGGAGGCUGGCGCUGGGCAGAGGCGUCAGGCACCUGCCCGGGGGCGGGCUUGGCUCGAACGCUGCGGCCCCAGCGCCACUGGAGGGGAACCCUCGGAUCCGCUUCUCAGCCGGGCUCCCCGCUCCGGCGGCCACGGGCUGCUCCCGGGAGGGGACCCGCCUCCCCCUGCACGUGCCCGGACGGAGCUGGCGCGGCUGCCCGGGUCUAGCCGCCGCCUGUUCCCCCAGUGCACGAGCCUGUGCCCGGGCGCAGCCGCCUGAGAGGAGCAGCCCAUGGGCACGGGCUUGUGCCCGGGCCGUGCUGGUGCAGCUGCCCGGCGUUAGCCCAUGGGCCGAGCCGCUGCCCGCGACUAACCAGCCUCCUGCGCUGCCCAUGUGCUCCAGCCUGCGCCCGGGCGCCGCCGCCGCUGCUGCUGGCUGGGACUAGCCGCCUCCUCCCCCGGUGGAUGCCGCCGGGGAGCGAGCGGAGCGCGCAGCCGGGGAGGGGGGCUGCCGCGGCCGCCGGAGCCGGAGUGCCUGCCAGUGCCCUGUGCGCUCACCAGCAUGCUUUACUUCCAGAUGGUGAUCAUGGCAGGGACCGUGAUGCUGGCUUAUUACUUCGAGUACACGGACACCUUCACGGUCAACGUGCAGGGCUUCUUCUGCUACGAGGGCUCCUAUCGCAAGCCCUACCCGGGCCCGGAGGACAGCAGCGCCGUGCCCCCGGCGCUCCUCUACGCGCUGGCCGCAGGGGUCCCGGUGCUGGUGAUAAUCAUUGGAGAAACUGCAGUGUUUUGUCUACAGCUAGCUACAAGGGAUUUUGAAAACCAAGAAAAAACCAUAUUAACUGGAGACUGUUGUUAUAUAAAUCCACUGGUGCGCAGAACCAUCCGAUUCCUUGGAAUCUAUGCAUUUGGACUGUUUGCUACAGAUAUCUUUGUAAAUGCUGGACAAGUAGUAACAGGGAAUCUUGCACCGCAUUUUCUUGCACUUUGUAAACCCAACUAUACAGCACUUGGAUGUCAACAGUUCACACAGUUCAUCAGUGGUGCACAUGCCUGCACUGGAAACCCAGACCUUAUUAUGAGAGCCAGAAAAACAUUUCCAUCCAAAGAAGCAGCUCUCAGUGUAUAUACAGCUACGUAUCUGACUAUGUAUAUUACCAACACAAUAAAAGCCAGAGGAACAAGGCUUGCAAAACCUGUUCUGUGCUUAGGCUUAAUGUGUUUGGCAUUUCUUACUGGUAUCAACAGAGUAGCCGAGUAUCGAAAUCACUGGUCAGAUGUGAUAGCAGGAUUUAUAAUUGGAAUAUCAAUAGCAGUGUUUUUGGUUGUAUGUGUGGUAAAUAAUUUUAGAGGAAGACAACCAGAACAUGAAAAUUCUCAUAUGGAUAAUCUGGCCCAGAUGCCAAUGAUCAGCAUCCCACGAGUAGAAAGUCCUUUAGAAAAGAACCACAUCACGGCCUUUGCAGAAAUCACAUGAUGAUGAAGCUGAUGUAUAUUCACUACACUGGACAUCAUCUCUUUUCACAGUCCACUCAUAAUAACGGAAGUGUGUUGAAAAUAAGAGAGUAAAAAUUGUCUGAUUUAUAACUUGAUUUUUACAACAUAAAAACUACAUCAACAUUUGAAAAAUACUUCUUAAGUAUUAAAAGGUCACUUUACUUUCCAACAAAAGCAUUGCACCAUUAUUUAUGUAUUUAUUUAUGGGGGUGGGAGGGGGGAGGGAAUCUGAACACUAGUCAUGUUUGUAUGACAAUGCCCUCUCUAGCCUUUUUUUGGCUAUUUAUCAUUUUAAUUAUUCAUAUAUCUAUUCAGCAGUACAUCAUUUUCUGAUUGAUUUGGAUUUUUAAAAUCUGAGUUUUUAAUUCAGCAUGACAUUGUUUCCAUUUGAGCUGAUUUCAGUGUAUGAAAAUUUUUUUAAAAAUUAUGUUCUGUACUAAAAUGCUAUUUGCUCAUUAUAUUAUGCUGUAUUUCACUUAAGAUAUCACUCAUACCCUAUGUUACAUGUAAGACUGGUGCUUCUGCUUUUGAAGAGAAAAAAUGCCAAUUUUUACUGUAAUAAGUAUUGUAUCAUAAUUAAAAGUUUAUUUGGAUAUUUUCCUGACUUAAGUGUAGUCAAGUGGUUGAUAUGUAGUUCCUCAAUGUCUUGGAUGAUGUACAUUAUAGCUAGGAUAAAGGACAUGAUAAAAUAUAGAAAUUCUGGCCAUUGGUAUAUAUCCUUUUUUAGUAAUGAUUUCUCACUCUGAGUUAAGGGCUCCAUUCUUAGUCCCAGGAUAUCUUAAUUCUUUCUGUAACUAACAUCAGAAGUACAGCUAUUGCAGAUCACUGAAACUACAUGGAGUCUAUAUUCUCCUUCUGAAUAUGUGUUAUGCAUCUCAGGGCACCCAACUGACAUGCUGGAAGUGCAUGUGUCAAGGUGAACGGGGGUUAGAGGAGGGAACUAGCCUAACAAGCAAUUUACAUAUUUCUAUACCCUAUAUUUUUGUUUCAGGGAAUUUGUGGGAAACGUGGCUGUGUAAAUGUAAGAGGUAUCACAGAUAUCUUGGCCCAAAUUGCUAAAGAUAUUUAGGCACUGCUGAGUUCAGGGUGGUCAAUAACCUUUUGGCUCCUAUGUGCCUAAAUCCCUUUUGAAAAUGAGAUUUAGGCUCCUAAAUUAGUUAGGUGUUACAGUGCUGAGUGUAGCACCUAAAUACCUGUAAACAUCCGGUCUCUUUGGCUAACAUGACCAGAACUUAUAUAAUCAAGCACAAGGGGGUCUUACUGACCUUGGGAGCAUAACAGGGGACAUAUUUCAAAUUAAUGCAUUUUCCAACCAUUUUUGUAGUGUGUAAGCGAGAACCUGACUUGUCUUUAACUUCAUGCAUUCAUAUCUUCUUUUUUACUCAUUGUUCACGAUCAAACCUACCCAUUGGAAAGGCAACCCAGCUCUCCAUUAAUGCUGAAGUUGGCCCAUAUAGAGUAAUUUUAUAGAGGUGGAGAGCCCAAAAGAGUUUGCAGCUGUUUGAUAGAGUGAAUGUCUGACCUAUCUCUGGAGACUUAGCUUUGGCAACUGCAGAUCUAAUACAACAGCUCGUCACACAUCAAGAACAGCAGUGUUGGUAGAUCUGUUGAGACAAGCAGAGCAUGCCAAGCCUCACGUUUUCCAUGCACUAACCAGUGGUGGAGGCUGCCCAACCAAUAUAAAAAAACAAGACCCUGUGAUGUCAAGUGUACAUGAAAUGUUUAACCCUAUACUUUCCCUUCAUUUGGUCAAUAAAGGGAAUGCCCAUUUAAUCUCUAAUAACCUAAACACUGCCUGGAGGACAGAGCAGGAUCACCAGUGCGAACACUGUUUGAGUAGAACAGAGAACGGAUCAUACACUUAUCCAGCUAAACUGAAAAUCCAGAAUAAAGAUGCAUGUAUGUGAAAAAAGCAAGAAUAGAGCUCUUCACCACCACAAUGCUACUUAAACAAUUGACAACAAUGUUCAUUAAAAUAUCAAUUGUUUAAAAAAUUGUAGUAUUUUUCAAAUGUGUGUGCCACCCUGCUAAAUACAUUUACCCUUCUUCCUCUAGCUGUUUAGGAACCAGCCCACUAAAAAUUGCUCUAUGUGCAGCUUAAAGUGAAAUCUUCACUUUUUUUUUUUUUUUUUUGCAUGGCGGUGAUCCUGCAGAUUUUAUAUAUUAUUGCCAAGAGGCUCUUUUAUGUUGAGAUUUUUUUCAGCAUACUGUGUAUAUUCAGCUUGUAACUGGGUGUCUCUCUCUCCUCCUCUCAGGGAUUUAGGCCAGUCAAGCAUUUGGGUUAAAUUGAUCAGAUGUUUUUGUUGUGAACUGACAGUGGAUAAACAAAAAGCGACACUUUCCUGUGUACUGUAUUUUUAAAUAACAUUUUUUCAUUUAUAGGUACAGUAUUUUUUUAGACAAGUGAUCUGGGCCAGUAGUCAGUUGAUUGUUCAUCUUAUUUACAUGUAGACUGAGUAAUUUAAAAGUUGAUGUGGACUGACUGUCUUCAUUAUUAUAGGAUGCACUAGAAUUCCAUGAUGUACCUCUACAGUAUUUAACUAGUCUUCAUCUACUGUGUACAGCAGAGGGGCUGGUCUUAUUGCACUUUAGGUAGCAGUUGGUAAACUUGCCCACUAACCACUUUCUACCAUGUCAUUUAUCUGUUUGUUUACCCUGAGGGCUUUUUUUUCAGACGUACAUGGUACCAUGCAGGAUUGACGAUUCCAUUUUGAGUAGCCGUCAUGACCCUCCUGGAAAAUCUAUUAGCUAGGGCAGUGUUGUUCCUACUAAAAUAUACUGGAUGACUGUAAAAUGUCAAUUAUUUUCAAAUGCAACUAUUUUCAAGAACUCUUGAUGGGCCUGUUUUGAUCAUGGUGCAGAAAACUUCAGUGCAAGAACCCAACUUGUAUGUUUUAAAGAAGACGCCUACUAUGCAGAAACCAGCUCUGAUACUAUACUUAGAUUAGAUUUUUAUCAGAAAAUGUCAGCAAACACAUACAAACCAAUGGAAAAAUAUCUCAAUCCAUAAUCAAAAUUUACAGCUAUGCAAAGGAAGAAAGACACCGCUGGAGAACUUAGCGUUUAAUUUAAGGAACAUUAUUUGUAUGUUCUCAUAUGUGAUAAUUUUGUGCUUAGUAGUUAUCAACCUAAACUUUUUGAAUCUCAACAUCUAUCAUUAAAU